AACAUGAAGGCACCAACUCUGACCCGAGGCAUCUCUGGUAAGCCGGUCAGCGGUCAGGUGAAGCCAGCCUUGUACCAGUUCAAUGUGUCUCCUACUGGGCCCAGUGUGUGUCAUAGCUACAACCCAUUCGCGUCCGCCAUCUUGCCUGUGAUCCCCGACAGUCCAUACUUCUUGGACGUGGUUGGCCGAGUCUUUAUAGACAGCAGUCCGAAUGUACAGCUCAAGCAAUGUACCAGGUACUAUUUACUAGAGGUAGAGGUACCUUAUCGACAAGGGCCUGAUUGUACCAGGUGGAGCUUAUUUACUAGACGUGGCCAAAACUUCGAUACAAGUUAUUUACGUAGUCAAUACCUUAUUAACAAUUGUUCGAAUGUGGAACUCGGGUAUUGUUCAGCUCAGAACAUGGGACCAGCGAUGAGUGAGAUCGUGUGUAUGCGGCGGCACCUGGAAAAGAUACACUGCGCCACAACCCUGAACCCUGCCUACGGGAUUUAG